GCAAUGCUCGAACAAGUACAAAAUGGCGGAAUAGAUAUGACGUCUCAUCUGAACUUCAGAAAGUAUCAGUUUCUUUAUCUGUAAUUCUUUAUAAAAACGGUCUAAUAUUUAAAAAAAGAUAUUGACAGAAUUAAAUAAAAAGGCGUAAAUUAAAAAAUGCAUGAAUAAUUUAUUAUGACGUCAUUUCUUGUAAUAUCCGUUUUGCCGCCAAGAGACGAGGAGCAUUUGUCAACAAACAUGUCAGCGCCCGGUGAGAGCGGUGGGAGCUGUGAUGAGUUAGACCCGGAAUCAGAAAAUUUUGAUUCUUCACGGGCUUUGUAUUCAGAAAAGGCAGAACCGCCGUGUAAAAAUGUUCGUGUCUAUGAUAACCUUCAACAAUAUGAAAGCUUCAUCAAGGCGGCUCAGCAAGGAACAUUGCGCAAGAGGCUGCAAACCCAGCAGGCCAAUCGAGAGCGGCGGCAGGCUGAGGCGGCUGGGGAGACGUUCCCCACCGCUGGACCGUCCACAGGAGCGAUGGGCGGCGGUGACGGCGCGGGCGGGAAGCGCUUCAUCGUGCCCGGCCGGCGCUUCACCGAGGACCAGGCGCCGGUGAGCCGCCCCAAGAAGCAGCUGCGAUCGGUUCUGACACGGAUGGAGAAAGCCAUCCCCGGCCCAUGCGGACGGCUCAAGUGGUACAUGGACCAGCGCGUCAAGGUCAAGGUAUACACGAGAAACUUUGGCCGGGUGCGCGGCGUGCUCACAGGCUACAUCGUGGCCUUUGAUAAACACUGGAACCUCUGUUUGGAAGAUGUCGAUGAAGUCUACCAGAAGAAGGUGCGACGGAAGAGCUGCUUUCUCGGCGACCCAGACGAUGUGCAGCUCGACUACCAGCCGGCGCCCACCGACCCGCGGCUGAGACCCAGAGGUCAGGCGCCAGGUCAGGUCAGUGACCCGCUCCGGCUGGUCAGAGGGGCGCCGGAGCGGCGCGGCCGGUCCCCGUCCCCUGACCGAGAGGCGGAUAAAGCUGGGGGUGACGGCGCGUCGAAACGGUCGGGUAGUGGUCGGGGAGUUAGUCGUAGUUCACAUCAGUCUGAAGAUCGUACCUCAGGAGAUCCAGAUCGAGGAGGCCGGGGCUGUUCUAGCCGCCCUCGCCAACCCGCCGAGGUGGACCCGGAGGUGGCCCGACUGACCGCUCGGAUGGCGCUGCUGGAACCGCCGCGCUCCAAGCGUUCUCAGCGCCGGCCGGUGUUCGAGACGGGCCGACGGCACGUGAAUCAGCUGUUUGUGCGAGGUGAUAACGUGGUGCUGGUGGCUACCGAGGACACAGCCGACGCCGGAGGCGAUGACGAAGUGCAGGAGGUGACCGACGAUGAUGUCCGCGAGGUUCCUGACGAUGACGUACAGGUGGUAGAGGCGCAGGUGUGAAGAGCGGUGUUUAGGAGACACGUUCCGGCGAGAAUGCGUUGUUUAUGAGAUCGUGUGAAUGAAAGGAUGGAGGGAACAGGUGCUUUCAUGUGCCAUGUUUUUUGUUCGUUGGCCAUGACAGUGUGAUAACUUGACGGCGGCUAGAAGCUCUGUUCUGUCUCUGGAUCUGAUUGUUUGGCUGCCGUCGUUGACAGCUUUGUUGACCGCGUUUGUUCUCCAGUCCAGUAUCCGAGGUAUCCAACUCGUCAGUCGUCCAUUCCUGGCUCUCCGAGUGAUUCUCCUGCACAUUCCAUGGUCCCCGGUCAUCUCAGUUCGUUCAUUCCUCGCUCCUAACGGCGAUUGUAGCGGCAUCACCGCAGUCCUCGAGUCCAUCGGGGUUCACAUCUCUCACUGCCACGUCCGCCCAUUUCGUCCAGCUGCGCAAUGUCUGUGCAUUGACUCGGUGUUGCAUCAAGAACGGAUUACCAAUACAAACGUCUGUCCGCCCAGACGGCGACACGCA